AUGAGCAUCGAGUCAGUUUCAUUGGAAAGACAAACUGUCGAUGUCGUCGAUAAGAGCUUUUUGAGUGGGCCUGCAGAGUCCAACCAUUCGACAAACACAGAAUACAAAAUCAUCAGUUCCCGAGACGCAGACGUCACUCUCAAGUUUCUCGAGGAUCACGAUGCCCAGGUGGCACCUAUAUCGCCCGAAUGUGAACGUAAACUUGCUCGCAAAGUAAUGUGGAUCAUCGUGCCCUUGACCAUGCUUAUAGAUAUGAUUCUAUACGCAGACAAGGCCGCCAUGUCUUUCGCAGCCAUCUUCACGUUUUUCAAGGACACCGGACUCACGCAGAACAAGUACAACAAUGCCAACACGUUGUUCUACGUCGGGUUCAUCUUGGGCCAGGGAAAUCUGUAUUUCCUGCAAAAAUUCCCAGUGGGCAGAGUUAUGACGGUGAUCACCGCGUUGUGGUGCAUCAUCAUGUUCCUGCACUGUACCGCGUUCAACGUUAGCGGGGUUUACGCUUUAAGGUUCUUCCUAGGAUUUGUAGAAGCCAUCGGUGUGCCUGCGUUAAACAUCACCAUGAGUCAGUUUUUAACAGCAGAGGAGAAAGCAGCCACUGCUCCUAUUUUCUAUGCCAGUUGCCUGGGUGUGACAAUUCCUGUGGGCUUUAUCGCUUACGGUGUGUUGCACAUCACCAGCACGUCCAUAGCAAACUGGAAGAUCUUCUCCAUUAUCAUUGGAUGCAUGAGUUUCCUCACCACUGCAGUGGUCUUCCUACUGUAUCCCAACAAUCCCACAGAUGCCAAGUUCCUAAGCACAGAGGAAAAGAUCUGGGUCAUCAGAAGAGUUCAGCACACGACUGGUUCGUCGAUUGAACAAAAACAAUUCAAGAAAUACCAAGUUAAAGAAACAUUGAAAGACCCCAUCACCUGGCUGUUUGGAGGCUUCUUUCUGCUGCAACAACUAGCCAACAAUCUUACUUAUCAACAAAACUUGUUGUUUGAAGACAUCGGUGGAAUCACUAAUUUGGAUGCAACGCUGGUUUCUGCUGCCAGUGGUGGUUACAAUGUUAUUUGCGGGAUCUUAGCCACCUGGUGGCUAAUGUGGAAGAAGGACACAACUGCCUUUUCGGUGGUAUUCUGGACAAUUCCUUCUUUUGUCGGAUGUAUUGGCAGUAUAGCACUUCCUUGGGACAAUAAAAUGGGAUUAUUGGCAAUGAUCUGUCUUGCCACGCCGUUCGGGGUUCCUUGGAUCAUGAUGUUUAGCUGGAACGUUACUAGCUGCUCUGGCUACACCAAGAAACUGACCAGAAGUGCUGUAGUAAUGUUCUUUUACGGUAUCGCAAACAUCAUAUCGCCACAGCUGUGGCAGCAAAGCAGUGCUCCCCGCUACAAUCCUGCGUGGAUCGUUCAAAUUGUGUGCUCGUUCUUCAUGGCUCCAGUGUUGACUCUAAUAAUAUGGUAUAUCUUGAAGAAGAGAAACAGCGAGAGGUUAGCAGCACUGGCAAGCGGUGGAGACCCUCCCCUCGGCGUUGUGCAGCACGGCGGUGAAAAAGUGAAGGUCAAUUUGGCGAUGCUGGAUCUCACCGACCUGGAAAACAAAGCUUUCAUCUAUCCGCUAUAG